AUGGAACUCCGUAACGGCAAACGCUUACGUCCAGCUUCACCGACUCGGAUCAACCGUCGCAGACCACGAACAUUUCGUUUGCUGGACCUUCCUGCAGAGCUCAGGUUCAUGAUAUAUGGCUAUGUCUUCGGUUAUGAGAACGUUCACUGGACGAUGACCUACGAAUCCGUGCCCGCAUCUGGGUACGUUUUGGCGCUAGGUCGUAUCAUAGACUCGAUCGUCAACCCACGCAACAUCAGCCUACAUCAGCGUCACCUUGGUUUGCUGCAAACCUGCAGACAAGUUUCAAAAGAAGCUUCGGCGAUCUUCUAUAACCAGACACGCUUCGACGUCGGGUUCUGUCCGAAUAAUGAUUUCAAGCUUGAUUCAGCAUACCGUCUUCACUUGACUCAUGCGGGAGCCAAAAUAAGCGAUGGACUGGCUGCAGAUGUUCUUCAGCGUGUCCAGCACGUUCGCUUCAGCUUCAGGGAUGAGCGCAGACGUUAUACGCACACUUGGUUGAUGUUUCUUCUAUGCCGUUUUCUGAGCUAUGGAGAGAGGCUCAAGUCGCUUCGGUUCGUCGAGGACGGGAAUGAUGAAAACUCAUGGUAUACCUACCACAGCAUACUCAGCUUCAAGCUGUAUCGAGGUGAUGCUAUUCUAGAGCUCCGCAACACCACACAUACCGAUGAGGAAGUCGCCAAGCUGAAAGAGACCUCCAGAUGUGCCAAGAACACAUUCACCAUCAGCGUGGUCAGGGAGAGCGACGUCUCGAGCGACAAGAACUAG